AUGGGAAAAUCGGCAGUUGAUGACGAUAAUAACCCAACUUCGCCAGAAUCUGAUCCAACAAAAUUAUUGGAAGCUGCUUUGCAGCAGAUGGAUGGCAUUAUAGCCGAAGCGGGUGGGACAGGUACGGGCAGCACAACAAGCGGACCGGGCCGUGCAGCGCGGGCCCGUGCUCUAGAACUAGCGCAACAACUAGCUUCGUCACUCCAACAUGCAGUCCCGCCACCUCCAAGGCCGGACUUUACCACUGCAAGUGCAAUAUUACGGUGGCUCCAACAGAAUAAUAAUUCCGUUGCCCUGGUUAGUGAAAGUUUUACUUUUUUACUUUAG